AUGACAGUAUCUUAUCAUUUGCAUUUGGCAUCUGUAUCGUCCUUAACAUUUCUUCAUGUGCUUUUUCGAUGGAAAGGAAGUGUUUGGAAGCAAAUUUAUAAGGAAUUAUUAGUUUGGAUUACAACAUUUUUAAUCAUUUCACUAUUUUAUCGAUACCUUCUUAGUAAUCAGCAUAAAACUAUCUUCGAGAAAUUGAUCAAAUAUUUUAAUGAUCGACUAAAUUAUAUACCAACUACAUUUAUUCUGGGAUUUUUUGUUCAUAUAAUACUCUCCAGAUGGUCUGCUAUUUUCCACAAUAUGGGAUAUAUCGAAUCUUAUGCAUUAUUUACUUCAAAUUAUAUAAGUGGAACUGAUUUGGAAAGUAAAGUAUUGCGUGAAACAAUAGCACGUUAUAUGUGCCUUACUCAAGUACUCGUAUUCCGUGAUAUUAGCAUCAGCGUACGGAAACGUUUUCCAAAUAUUGAUAGUAUUAUUAAUGCAGGAAUUAUUACUGUAGAAGAAAAAAAAAUCUUGGAUAUAAUUAAACUUCAAUAUAACAAAUAUUGGGUGCCAAUACGGUGGAUUCAUAAUAUUGCGCAGGUAGCACGUGACCAACAGCGAAUAACUAAUGAUAUUAUGUACUGUAAAUUGUUGAAUCAAUUUCGGCAUGAUCUGCAACUAUUAUGUAAUUAUGAUUGGGUACCUUUACCUUUAGUCUAUACACAGGCAGUAUUUUUGGCGAUUUAUGUUUAUUUUUUCGUUUGUUUGCUCAGUCGACAAUUUAUCAGCAAUAAUGAGGUCAGUUUCUUUAAGUUAGAUUUAAUCAUACCAAUUAUGACAACAAUUCAAUUCAUUUUCUAUACUGGUUGGUUGAAAAUAGCACAAGCAUUAAUCAACCCAUUUGGUGAUGAUGAUGAUGACUUUGAAUGCAAUUAUUUAAUUGACAAAAACAUUACAGUACGGUAUUACUAUAAUUAUGAUUAUACGGUAAAGCGAUUGAGCUUUUUACAAACUUGUAAUAGUAAUAACCGUCACAGUUGUGCAAACACUACUUGUAUUCUGUUUAAUUAG